AUGUCAGCCCAACAAGAAGGAACCGUCAGGUUCCACCAAAGUACAAAGACCAAUCGGAGCAGGGGGGUUCGAUCAUCUAUGAGGAGUUCCAUCUUCAGCGGGUCCUCGGUUGGUCCCGUCGUCGCGAGAUAUCGAGACCACUUUUCUCUUCAAGCUCCAACGAGUGUGGUCAAGUUUCAAGAUAGUAACUCGGCGGCACGUGUGAUCUACAAUGGGAAUUCCCAAUUGGUCUUGGAAGAAAAGUAUGACAAGGAAAUCAAGAAGCGUCGUGUUACCAUCAAGCAAAUGUCCGAAGAGGCUGGAGGGUCUCUCUUUGCCCUGAGGUUUACAUAUACGUUGGUGGGAGCGUUUUUCACUGGUUUUCUGUUCGUCUUUUCCAUGCAUGUGAUCAUGUUUGUGGUUUUGGAUCUUGCCAUUAAUGCCGGGCUGACGGAUCUUUCGGAGGCUUCUUGGCCCUCCGCCCUUGGUGUUUUUCUGUCCAUGCCCGUCCUGGUUCAUAGCUUUGCCUUGGCCAUGAUGCUGGCUGGACUCUUUGUCCAGGAUCUUUGGAAGGGACAUAUACUAUUCAAGAAAUUUGUCCUCCCCAGUCAAAGAGACGAAUUGAUUGAAUGGAUAUUCUUGCUGGGAAUGUUGAUUAUUCCCCUUUGUGUCAUUGGGGGCCUGCUCAUGUCCGGAACUGAACGCUGGUGGGAGCUAGGAUCGCUCGUUUGGUUCUUCUGUGUGUUCUGCUUCUACUUGUUCUUCCUGAUCAGUGUUCUUUGGUACGAGACCCGGAUUUUCUUCCACUUUGUCCUGGAAUCAAGUGUGGUCAGCAAUCGUGACAGUCUGUUGGGGGUGAUUUGGGCAUGCAUAGAAAUGAGGGGAAAGCACACUUGGAGUGGUUACUCGCGCACCAACUACGCUUCGUUUGGGUCGCCAGAUAGCUCCUUGACGGAGGAGAGCCGAAAGAUGGUUGUGGAAGGAACGUUGAUUGAAAAUCAACGAAGUCUAUACUCGAGGUUUUCACAAUGGUCUGCGCUGGAAGGAAUACUCUACAACAAGCUCGAGACUCCACGACGGUUGUAUUCCGUGGACGAUGUCACUGCUAGACGGCCCUAUAUCACUUCCUAUUCAUGGAGCCUAGAACGCUAUUUCUGCCGACCUCGAAAGACCCGAUACAUCAGAAUACUUCAGGGUCCUGGAGCGGUGACAAGUCCACAACUCAAGAGCGCUAUCGUGUGUUCCUUUAUUGGAGCCCUCUUGAUUUAUUUCCUUUUGGCAGCUUUGAUGGUUCACAAUGGCAGCAGCGCGAUGAACAUAUUGGCAGUAUUACUGGUUAUGGCCAUAGUGAGCCUUCCUUUGAUAUUCGCGCCGAUCAAGUCAUACAAUGAACUUCGCAAAUUGAGGCUCUUGAAGAGACGACACAGGGCCAUGGUGAAAGAGUCACAGGUUGUAAGGCUUGUCACGAUAGAGGAAGACGAGCCCGAGCACGCAGAUACGCACGCGGGAGAUACGCACAAACACUCCACUCCGUCAGAACCUAUCGGAGAAGAAGUGGUCGAUUUGCCCUACGAGCACGGUACUAUUCGGGUCCGCAGGAUCACAAUGGAUGGAAUUGAGAGUAACAACAGUGAGGUUGAACACGUCUUGAGUACUGAUGAUGACAAAGCUUUAGGCAGCGAACCACCCGCUAACAAUGUCGACAGUGUGCCAGAUGUCGAGAAGAAUAUCGUCGAACCUGAAGUUUCAGCCCCAAAGCGGAGCGUCAGAAUCUCCGAAGAUAAUAUUGAUGAAUUUCAUGCUUCCAACAGCACCGUUGGUUUUGGGACAAGUCUUGGCUUACUCUGGUCUGGUUUCGAGACAGAAGACGAAAUUUCUAUGGGUGUCUUCUUUGUGGCAGAACGAUAUCGGAUUACAAGCCCUACCCCUGCUUUCAGCGGAUUCAUCUUCUUCUCGGCGCUUUUACUUCUUGUCAUCUAUCCGACCAUCUCGCUGUAUUUGAUUGAGAGUUGGCAGCUUGCAACGUUUUAUCUUGCAAUCGCAAUUGGGAUGUUCCUCCGACAUCAUACCAAUGCUUCUUUGCUGCUGCAAGAAACAGGCAUGGUAAACCCACCAGAGGAGGGCUCCGAUCCUAUCAAAGUAUGGGAGAACCAAUCUCGUUUGAGCCAGGUCGCAGCAACGGUUAGCCGAGGCAAGUCAUAUUAUGCAUGGCGAUUCGUUUUUGCAAUCUUUGCCGUGGUAGUUAUUCUUCUCGGAAUUCAAGCGCAGGGAACUUCCUUGGACAAUACCGAAACAGAGUAUUUCACCGUUCGUCGCGGCUUCUAUUACGAAGAACAAAAGACUCUCCACUACACAUCCUGCGAGUUCGAUAAGGACAUUGAAGGCAACCCUCAAUCGACUUUGAUUGACUACAUGUUCUUAUCCGCGCUUGCCUACCGAACUCCUAACGAAACUGCGUUCAACCUUCGCUCGUGGUAUGGCCCUGGAGUUGUCGAAGAAAGGGUCGAUAUUGUGGACUCCUUCCGCGCAACCAAUCAAGACAACACUCCAGUUUUCUACAAACUGUUCACGGCUUCGUUACCUGGCAAUCGAACUCACGCCAUCAUUAGUAUUCGGGGAACCCAUAAUCCAUGGGACAUGUUUGCGGACGGUCAGUUAUGGGGGGCCGCAGUGUUGCUCCAGCUGGUCAGAGCGGUGCUCCCGUUUGGUUACAUAUUUGAUCCUAUUUUGCAUCACAUGGUCACAAUAUCUUCUUUUCUACAGUCAGGAUCGCUCGACAAGAUGUCAUUCUACAGGUCCACAACCGAUUUCGCCAACCAUCUCACAAGUUCGAGCAACUUUUCCUCCGUCUUGCUCACAGGGCACUCACUGGGUGGCGGCCUAGCCAUUAUCAGUGGCGCACAAGCAGAGCUUCAAGCCGUGGCAGUCUCUGGUCCCAAUGCUAAGAUUUCCAGGAAUCGACUAAAUGUCACCGUGGAGAAUUUAGAACGAUACACCUUCAACAUCAAACCAGAUCGUGACCCCGUGGCGAUGGUUGACGAUCCGACCAAGAAUCUUCAACAGAUUGAGUGCACAGCACCGCACAACGAAUUGUUUGCGUGCCAUAACAUUCGCAGGUCGCUUUGUGAAGGCAUGUACACAUGUGGUACCAAAGGACGACCUGUGGUGUGCGAGUGCGCAACACUGUUUGGCUACCCCGAACCAAAAGCCUUGGACAAUAAUACAAUCUCCUUUGCCGAAGCGUGCACCGGUGCACGAGUUGUUGUCCCCUAA